AUGGCCGAAACCAGUGCGCCUCGCUUCUCCCCCGAACAAGUCACCGUGGUUUUCCUCCUCGGCGGCCCCGGUAGCGGAAAGGGUACCCAAUCCUCCAACCUCGUCCGCGACUAUGGGUUCGUCCACCUCUCUGCCGGUGAUUUGCUGCGCGCUGAGCAAGUCCGCGAGGGAAGCCAGUACGGUGACCUGAUCAAGACUUAUAUCCGGGAGGGCAAGAUCGUUCCCAUGGAGAUCACAGUCGCUUUGCUGUCCAACGCCAUGGCCGAUUCGUUGACUGCCGCUUCCGAGUCCGAGAAAAAGAGCCGUUUCUUGAUUGAUGGAUUCCCCCGCAAGCUCGACCAGGCUGUUUUCUUUGAGAAGACCGUCUGUCCGUCGCAGCUGACGCUUUUCCUCGACUGCCCCGAGGAGGUGAUGGAGAAGAGACUGAUUAAGCGUGGUGAGACUUCUGGUCGGGAGGACGAUAAUGCCGAAUCGAUUCGCAAGCGCUUCCGCGUGUUUGUCGAGACCAGUAUGCCUGUCGUUACGGCCUUCAGGGAGCAAGAUAAGGUUGUUUCGGUUGAGGCCACAGGAGGUGUGGAAGAUGUUUAUGCUAGAAUCCAGGAGGGUAUCGAGAAGAGAGGGAUUACUCGGGUUUAA